AUGCCAACCAUGACACGAAUGCAUCGGCACUCCAGCUCCAGCGCCAGUGCCGUGGUGGAGGAGACGCGCGGCCGCCGGCGCGAGGGCGUUGGGGGCGAGGCCAACAAGGAGAACUACGGCGUGCACUUCAUGAGCAGCCCCUUCGGCAACGCCAGCCUGAUCGCCCUGCAGGACUUGAGCAACGUGCACGUCCACGGCAAGAGUCCGCAGCGGCGCAGCUUCAGCGAGGGGAGCGGACCGCGUCAGGCCACCCCGCAGCUGGCGGCUCUGCGCUGCCUGCCCCGAGCUCCAGGGGUCACACUGGGGGCUGCGGCCAAUGGAAACGGAGGUGGUGCUGUGGGUGGACCUGUGCUGGAAGACUCGCAAUUGUCGUCCUCGCGGAUGGGGGACACCACCCUGGAUCGCAUGCUGGACGCCAUCAUCGAGUCGGCGCGCAAGGAGGUGCGCUGCAAGCACACUACAGCAGCCGCAGCAGCCGCAGCAGCCACCACAGCUGCCACAGUGGCCCUGGACUGCGGCGAGUGGAGCGAGAGCAGUGUCCACGAGAUGGAGGUGCGCACCCCCACCCACCUGAAGCGGCAGCGGGUGGUGCGGCGCAAGAACCCCCACAAGACGGCCACCACCGCAGCCACCAGAGAGGGGCAGACUCGAAGCCGGAGCCAGAGCAGGAGGCAGAGCACGACGCAAGUCCCGAUGGAGCACGUGCCCAGCACGAAGCGCUGCCUCAGCUUCUCCAGCUCCACGUCCAGCGACCUGGACGAUGACGAGCAGUUGGCCAAGCGCAGCUCGAUGGUCUCUACCGCAUCGUCGAGCCACUCCAGUGCUGCUGGCACUGGCCUUGGCACUGCUACUGGUACCGCCGGUACUCCGGCAGGCGACGACAGUGACAGCCAGCGGGGAAGCAUAGACCUGAGCAUCGUCUACGAUGCCAAGCAGCGGAAACUAAACGUGCACGUCAUCCGCUGUCGUGAUUUGCGGCGUUCUCAUGGGACCGGAACCGGCAUUUAUGCCUACGUGAAGGUGGCGCUGGCCUCCGCCCAGCGGUCCGCCCAGUCAGUCCAGCCAGCCAUGAGCUCUGGCUUCCAGCGCACCGCUGUCCACCGGCACUCGAGCCGGCCGUACUUCGAUCAGCGCUUCAGCUUCCCCAUCCAUCCGGACGAGGAGGAGCUGGAGGUUGCCCAUGCCAAUCGGCAGCUACAGCUGGCCGUGUGGCAUCGGGAUCGCCAUUUAAAACGCAGCGAGUUCCUGGGCAGCAGCACCUUCCCACUGAGCGAGCUUCUGGCGGAGAGCCACAGCGUGACCGGGUCCUACAAGUUGCAGUCGCAGUCUCAGUCGCAGGCAUGCCUUAGUAGCUGUCGCAGCAGCAGCAGCCGGAGCAGCAGGAGUAGCAGCAGCCAGAGCACUACCACAGCCACCUCCAGGAGCAGCAACCAGGAAGAGCAGGAGCAGGAGCAGGAGCCGGAGCAGGAGCAGCAGUCACUGGCAGAGGGUUCCGAUAUGGCCACCACCACAGCCACAGCCACAGGCACAGUCACAGCUACCCCCCAGAAGUCGUCAGCAGCGGCUGCGGCGGCGGCAGCGGCAGCAGCGGCGGCCAUGAACCUGGACGAGGUCAUCAGCAUCAGCAUCGACAGCAUGGCCGGCACGACGACAGUGGGCGGCAGGGACGAGUGCCUAAUGCAGCCGCAGCAGCCGAUGAAGCUGAGCAAGAAGGCCCUCCACCAGCGGGACGCCGACGAGAACCUCUUUCUGCGCUUCCUCGAGCUGGAUCCGCCCGCCGACGGCAAUGCGAACAGCACCACCAGCGCCGCGGGCAACACGGGAGGCUCGGCGAGUGGGGCAGCACCGGGCGGUGGGGGGGCAAUCGCCAGUGUCAUCUGCAAUGUGAAUGCCAAUGUGAGCAAUGCCAACCACCUGAACGGAGCCAGCGGCGGCGGCAGGCGCCAGUCGACCAUGGCCAGUGGAGGGAGUGGAGGAAGCGCCGGCAGUGGCCAGCGCCAGCUGGGACGCACCCCGUUCACGAUGACCCGGCGUCUGAUGCGGACGGAGGAGCGAGGAUUCGGCUUCUCCAUCGUGUGGACGCACCCGCCGCGCGUCGAGAAGGUGGAGGCGGGCAUGUCGGCGGACCGGUGCGGCAUUCUGCCUGGCGACUAUGUGAUCUUCGUCGACAAGCACAAUGUGGUCACGAUGCCCGAGGCUGAUGUUCUGAAUUUGAUACGAUCGCAGGGCUCGACCUUGACGUUGGAGAUAUUCAGAAGGUCAGGCGCGGGCGCCACCAUGGCCAUAGACACAGCCACCACCACGGCAACAGUCGCCGCCACAUCCCUGUCCACAUCAACGGGCACGGAAAUAGGGACUGGAACGGGAACGGGAACGGGAACGGCCACAGGAAUUGGUACGACGAACAUGAUGAGUCUUCAGCGGACGGGCAGCUCGAGACCAGCCCAGCCACAGGCGCAGCCGCAGCUGGGCAACAACUUUUCGCGUCCGGCCACCGCCUGCUCCGGCACCACCUCCUCCAUUGAGGCCGCCAAGCGGCGGCUCCACCUGCCCCAGGUCACCUUCAGCAAGGAGUCCAUUGUGCCCAUAACGGACAACCGACGUCGCUUCCUCCUGCAGCUGAUUAGCCGGGAACAGAACUUCACGGCGGCCCUGCACUUCGGGGUGGAGCGGUUUGUGCAGCCGCUGCUGGAGCGGAAGGACCUGAUUUCGCCGAACGACCACCGGACGCUGUUCCAGAACAUCGACGAGCUGCUCCGCAUCGCCGAGGACAUACUGGAGCAGCUGUGCAGCGGCGACCAGCACCAGCAGCAUCACCAGCAGCAGGAGCCGGAGCCGCAGAUGAACUUCGCCUCGCGGGUGUACCUGUCCAAGACGACGGCCAUAUGCGCGGCCUACAAGAAGUACUGCAACGGCAUCAAGCGGGCCGACUGCGUGCUGGUGAACAAGUCCCGGCAGACGGGCUCCGAGUUCAUAGCCUUCAUCACGGAGCCGGCGGUGCCGCGCAAGCGGCCGGACCUCACCAUGUUCAUCCACCGUCCGCUGCAGCACUUCCGUGAGAUCCUCAAGCUGAUGCAGCUGCUGGCCAGCAACUGCCACGUGGACACCGAGGAGCACAAGAACUUCAGCAGCGUGAUUGGGGAGCUGCAGGCGGCCUACCGCGAGAUCACGGUCAGCAGCGGCCUCAUGGAGCCCCUUGGCGAGGGCCGGCCCCUGCUCACGCUCCAGGACCUAGAGUCGCGCAUGGUCUUCACCAAGUGCAAGCCCUUCACGCUGGCCGUGCAGGGCCGCCAGUGGAUCUUCGGCGGUGAUCUGUCCCGCGUCGAGGGCCGCUCCAUCAAGCCAUACUGGACGCUACUCUUCAGCGACAUCAUCGUCUUCGCCAAGGUCAGCCGCGAUCGGGUGCUCUUCAUCACCGAGGAGCCCGUGCCCUUAGCCAAUGUGGUCGACUCCUGUUUUCACAUGCGCAAGAAGACCACCGAGUUCCGUCUGACUGUCGAUCCCAAUGGCCGGCUGGCCGAGAGCCCCACGGGCUACUGCGCCCCCGAUCUCAGCCGGACACCGAGGCGGGGCGCCCGUCGCAAGAGCCUCAUCCUGCGCGCUCCCUCCCUGGAGCUGAAGGCCGUGUGGCAGAACCUGCUGCAGCGCCAAAUAUUUCUGGUGAAUGCGGCCUUAGGCUCGACGCCCCUGUCCAGCCCCCUGGACUCGCCGGAUGUGCUGAACACACUGGUGCCACUGAGUGAUAUUGGCAUGACCUCCGCCUCGAUGGCCUCGAUGAAGCUGCCAUCGCUGGACAGCAUCAACCUCAAGCAGCAGAAACAGCAGCAGCGUAACAGCUCUCACGGCCAUACCCACACCGGUGGACCAGGGGCGGCCGCCUCCGCUGGCCACGCCCACGGACACACACACACACACGCACACGGCCAUGCCGUGGAGCAGAUCGAGCUGUUGAUCGACGAGAAGUGCCGCAUUUUGAACAAGACCGGCACGCCGAAGUCGAGCGCCCUGCACCUGGCCAACUGGAUGAAGGGCCAGCUGGACAAGCAGCAGCAGCAGGCCCGACUGGCGGCCAUCGCCCGCUCCCAGGAGAACAUCACCGCCGAGGACGAGCAGCUGAUCUUCAACAGCGACAGUGAGCAGGACGAGCGCAUCACGUAUUGGACGCGGCAGCAGCUCGAGAAGCGCACCAAGGAGCUCAACCUGGCCAAGGAGAACGGCGCCAUGUCGGCCAAGCCGAACUUCGGUGGCAAGCGACUCAGCGGCGUUGAGGAGCUCAGCAUGAGCGCCGCCUCGGACAUCUACUCGGAGGCAGAGGGUGUGACCAGUCAAAUCAGUCAGUCGCACAGCACCACAUCGGACAGUCAGAUUACAGUACGCUCGAGCCCCAUUGUGCUGGACAAGCUGGCCGUUUGCCGACACUGCCACAAGAAUUGCCAGCAGAGCGGCCCCGGCGGCGGUCGUGCCGGUGCCGCUGGCAUCAAUAACUCCGGCUCCACGCCCGUUCUCCUCUGCAACUCCCUCAAGGUGCAGCACAGCCAGUCCUCGCCGAACCGAUGCUGUAAGCUUAACGGGAUGGCUGGGGGAACGGGAUCGGGCACGGGAACGGGCACGGGCACGGGCACGGGAGCAGGCACCGGAACGAGCAGCGUGACCAGCAUGUCCAGCAGCACAAUCACGGGGGAGCUGUCAUCGAAGGUAGUCGCUAGCAGCAGUCGCCGGGAGACCGGCGAUACGGAGAGCGAUGUAGCCCAGCUGAUCACCGACGAACUGUCCCUCUCCCAAUCAGAGGCCACGGACGAGAGCGUUGGCGCCAUUCCCAACAGCAGCAGCAGCGCCGGCGAUGGCUCCAAACUACGAAUUCUAGAUCCUCAGCCAACGGCGGUGGCAUCGGUGGCAUCGGUGACAUCGGGGGCAACGGUGACUCCACCAAUGGCUAUAGCAAAUGGCCAUUGCUCAGGCGGUUCACCGAAGCCGUUGCCACCACCGCGACGCACUCGCAUCGUGGCCCAGAUGUGCCAAGAACCCGCAAGGCCACGGGCCAACCAGCAGGUCAAGGCAAUAGUGACGAUCACUGAGACGGCACGGAUCAUGCGCAGCAGCGAACGAACAGCCCACCCGCACUCUGUGGGAUCGGGAGGAUCCGGCUCGGUGUCGGGGUCACCAGCCAAAUAUGCCGCCUGCCACUGCCGCUGCACUCCUGAGGACUUCACGCACGCCCAACUCUCGCCGGACAAGAUGGAGCACCAGACCUGCAAGCUCCUGGAGUCGCCCAAACAGACCGCCACCACCACAUCCUCAUCCUCAGCAGCCGCAGCCUCAGCCGCAGUGAGAGCGGCACAGCGGCAGGAGGAUGAGCAGCUGUCGCUGGUGCUGAUUGGACUGGCCCAGUUUGCGCCGGCGGCCAAGCUGUGUGGGCAAGGGGAGCGGGUGCCACCUUCAGUCCUCCAUCAGAGGGAAGAACCUAAUGACGCCCCCACAAUAGCCGUGGUGCCACCAACGCCCGACGCCGUGCUUACCAAGACGAGCACUCAUGUGUGGGACAACAGCGGAGGAGGAGCGGAAGCGCCAGUGGGUGGAGUGGCCACGACUAGCACGGCCACCACUACAACGAAGCAGCCGCGCCAGGCGAUCAUUGAGAACAUACCUGAGGACUCGUGCGACGAGUCGCCGCUGGACGAGGAACCUCCGUACAGGCCCAUGACCAACGCACUGAGACGCUUCGGCACGAUGUCCAGUCUGGAGAAGCUGCCCUCUGACGAUCGCAUGGACGAGGCCGACGAGCUGGACGACGACCUAGAGCAAUACACCUCCAAUGGCCACGACGACAGCACCCACAACGACGAUGUGGACGAUGAUGAUGAGGACGAGGAUGAAGACGACGCAGCCUCGGACAAGGCGCUGGCACAAAACCUUAACGAAUUGGUCGGGUGCUCCAGCUCGACUCCAGCGCGUGCCAUGGUCAAUGGGGAUGUGCUGGCGAGUGGAGCCUGGACCAAUCGGGCUGGGGCUUUUGUCUCCGACAAGAUGUCCUUUUUCGAAGAGUCGCGCGCCUUCAUCGACAAGUACUUGGGUCGCUGGAGUGCCGAAGAUCCCCAGGAGCAGCCUCAGCAGACGGCCACCUCCGAGACGGAUGAGCAGAUGGACGAGUGCACCUCGGGGGCAACCAGCGGCGAGGAGGUGUGGGGCACGCCCACCAGUGGCGGGGACAACGAAGACAACGACAUGCAGCUGAUCAACUCGGAGAACACACAUUCGUCACCCACCAAGUCGAGCACCUCGCUGAACGAUGACGAUGACACGGAGCUGAUGAUGGACGAGCUGCUGAUGGCCCCGCCGAUGACGGCCAGCACCAUAAGGGGACUGCUGCCACGCUUUUACAGACGUCGUCUUGAGCCCCUUUUCGAGGAGGAGACCGAGAGCGACGAAGAGAAAACCCAGCAGGACAGCGAUGACAUCAAAAAGGGGGAAGCAACGACAAAUGGCCACUACCUAGAGGAUUCAGCUGGAAGCUCAAGCGACGAGGCAGCCCCAGUGGUGCCGGAUCGGGAGGAGGAUCCGGAGGAGGAGCAUCAGCAUCAGCAUCAGCAUCAGCAUCAAAAGGAGCUGGAGCAGGAGCUGGAGCUGGAGCAGGGGCAUCUGGGGUAUCAACAGCAGAGAUUGCAACCGAACCUGGGGCCACGUCCGUUGCUCACUACCAUGCUGCUGCCCACUACGGCCAUAACCACGCAGAUGGAACCAUCACCACGACCACCACCAGUACAACGAGUGGGUCCACCGCCAGUGGUGGCCUUAUCCUGCGAGUAUCUGCUCGAUCAGCGCCCCUCUAUACCCUUGACAGCCGCAUCGCACACGACGAGGUCGUACACGAUGCCAGCUACGAUCAGUGGGCCAGGGCCAGGUCCAGGCCCAGAGAUAGAGAAAGAGAACUCCACCACGACGCCAUCAUCUCGGCCGCCUCCGCCUCCGGCUGCAGCAGCGACAACGGGCAGGACGUCGAUGACGACGGCGAGUCGAGCUCCCUCGUCGACUACUACAACAACCAGCAGCGGGAGCGACACUACGAGCUCCGGAGGCAGAGCCAGCGGAAGGCCAGCGAGGUUUAUACCACCGCCGCCGCCUCCGCGUCGCUUGCUGCUCACGCAGACCAAUCUAAGCGCUGCCCCACCCAAAACGGAGCCACCUCAAAGAAAAUCUGGCGCUACUGCUGACAGUGGCUCCUCGGCGGCUGUCGGCGACGCCGCCAGCGCUUCGGGCCCAAUCGCUACCGGGUCAAGGACAAUGCCAGCGGCGAUUACCAGCAGCUCUACGCCGGCGCCGGCACCGUCCCAAAAACGGCCAUCGUCAACGAUAAUCGAGACCUGCCUGCUGGGGCAGGCACCCAGGCCCGCCUCAGCCAUUUCAUCAGCAACAGCCUCGAGGAUACCAAAGCCGAGCCGGGCGAGCCCCAGUCCCACCCACCGUCAGAGCAGCCCGGCUAUAGCGGCGCCACCACCAGCGGAGGUGGCGCCGGCGCAGGCGCAGGCGAAGGCGGGGGCGGGGGCAAACGGAGACGAUCAGCGUUCGGCACACGCUGCCCCAGCGCCCCACGCUGGCUGCGGUCUAAGUCCAAGGCUGGAAAUGCGGCUGGCCCUCAAUCACGACAUCCUAGGGGACGAGGACUUGAUCUGCUACGAGCCUGGUCCAGAUCUAACAACUAUUCUGGGGCACGACCUCUCCACAUUUCAUCGUCUGACGGGUCGCGAUUUAUUGAGUCGUUCAGCCACGAAUCGGGUGCAGCCAAAAGAGGCUGUCAUAUCGUACUCUCAACAACGCAACUCAAAGAUGGACACGCCGACGGUGAACCGUCGUCCACGUCCGCUCUCGGCCUCCGUCCAGAGCAACCACAGCAGCAGCAGCCACGGCAGUCCUCGUACCGCUGGUUCAGCUCGUGCCGGAGGCGAUCCACGCAGCCAGCAGGUCAGUCCAGGUCCAUGGACCGGUUCUGGAUCUGCGGGUCGAGCCGGCGCCGGGAGCGGAAGCGGCGCCGACAACAGCACCGCCUGCAGCUCCAGCAGAGGCGGGAGCAAAUUAGGCGAUCUGGAAAUCUUAGCGAGACGCGAGAAGAUAUACUGCAUGUCUCAAUCGAGGAGUGGCUGUCAAGUCAGGGAGACAUCCACGACCUCCACAACGAUGGUGGCAACGAUGACGAUGGGUACGGUGAUGACGGAGAUGGCAUCGAAACGCGACUCUUCCUCGCCCACCCAAGCAGUAGCAGCAGCUUCUCUGACGAGGACGAUGAGUACUACUUCGAUGGACGGAGCGGUAGCCACCAGUACCACAACAACAAUGACUGAAGCAUUCCUCGAAACGGAAGUGGACAAGUCGAAGCGAUUAAUCAACUUUAUUAAGCGUCGCAACUCUGAGAUAACCGCUAGUAGCAGCAGCAGCACCCCCAACCACUCCGACGGAGCCCUUGGCGAGCAGCCCCAACCGAGCCAAUCCCAGGCCCAGAGUCAGAGCAGCCUGCUGCCACAGGCAGCCGAACCCGCGGAGAUGGCACAAAUGUCGCCGCGCAAGGACAACGACAAGCCAUCUCUGAAUCGCCGCCUGUGGAAACAAAUCACCAAACGCCGACGCACCAACUCCGUGUCCCAAAUAGUCGCUGGUUAAGGUGUCACCAUUCCCCCCUCCCAUUCUUUGUCCAAACGAUUUUCGGAAGAUCCCAGCAUCCAGCAUCCCAGUGCGAUCCUUAGCCAGUGCUUAAUAGCUUUUAUUGUGUUCUGUGGGUAGAUUUUAGUUAAUCAUAAGUUGAGCACGACGGAUCCGAAGGGCAGCCAAUUGACUGGAGGACGGAUGGUCUGGAGUCCGUGUCCCUGUCCGUGGCAGUAAGUCGGCUCUCCUUGAGGUCUCACUUGCUAGUGGCCUGUGUUGCGCUGCCACGGAAGUAGCAGUGGCGCAUUCGGCUGCUGCUGCUGCUACGGACUUCCGGAUGUCCGGAUCUACUAGCGGGCUGCCACACCAACAAUGGACUGGCAUUGAGCAAAUACCAAACUACCAAACACCAACAACAAGAAACAGGAAACAAGAAACAAGAAACAAGCAACAAGGGGGGAAAAUAUUUAGUAGAGUACGAGUAUGUUAGGUUUUUUGAUACAACUUUGUAGGUAGUGAAUCCUGGGAUCGAUCACAGGGCCACUCUAGGCGUCCAAUUGCGUCCAAAACGAAUCUCCUGCCAGCAGUCGGCAGAAGGCAGUAGAAGGCAGACGGGAGGCAGGAGGCCAAAGAACUCAGUCCAAGCCAAAUACGAUAUAGACAACGAAUGGCAGUAAGUUGGCAGUGAGGGGGCAUACAACUACUGGGGCACAGUACGAGUAACUCACUCUCCCCAAACACACAACACACACACAGAGACACAUUACUCGUAACACACAUGCAAUCCAGCCAAAUGAAUAUACAUAGAAGAUAUAGAAGAAUUCGAAUGUUUACACUGACUAUUUUUUAGAGGAGAUAGAUAUAGAGCAUUCAUUAGCAUUAUACGUGUACGUAUACGUGUACGUGUACGUGUACUUGUGUACGAGUAGCUGUACGGAGUAGCUUAGCAGUUGGGUUGUUCCGGGGGCUUUUGAUAUUGGUUCGUGUUCGUUUAGUUCUAGUUCUCAAUUAACAAUGAAAUUGCCUUACGUAUUCAAUGAACUAUUGUAUUGGUAGCUUAAAGUAGUGCUCUUUAUACAUACAUUUUACGCAUUUUGCAAUUGUCCAGCAAUGUCAGCAUCGGGUCAGCAUCAGUAUCAGUAUCAGCAUCAGCUUCAGCAGUCAGCAGUCAGUACGAGUAGUAUGCCACUAAUGAAUUUUAAGAAUUUAAAUUCCACAUUUUUCUCAAACUAUUUACAAGGAAACUUUUUCAUCAGAGUCUUAUAAAAGUAUAGCGAAACUUUGUAGUUUAUUUCACAUUGAAAUUGAAAUAUGAAAUCGAAAAUAUUUGAGAUUAAGAUCGAAACUGAGACCGAGACCGAGAUCGAGAUCGAGAGCAGCGCUCCGCUGAGAUGCUAAGAAAUUAUACGAGUUAAUAAUGACAAACGAUGAAGUACAUUUAUCAGCUUUAAUAGAAAAUCUAAUAAAUAUAUACAUAUAUUAUACAUGAAUCUAACUAGUUGUAGUCGUAGCUAACUAAUUGAUAUACGAAUUAAUUUUCAAUAGAGUGGACUUGUACGUGUACGUGUACGUGUUACUAGGCAUUUACCACUCACACCACACUCUUGGGGCAUGGCAUCCAUUGAUUCAGCACCAUCUACCACGUACCACGAACAGUGUCUCAGUAUUCAGUAACUUUCUUUGUAAAACUCAAACACUGACACACUCACAAAUCCGAAUAUCCAAUACUCGAAUAUGCAUAUAUGUGCAUCUAUAUAGGGUAUGGAUGAUUUUUUUUGCGGUCGGGGUUGAAUCUUGUAUUUUAGUGCAGAAGUGAAUUUUCCUCUUGAAAUUCAAUAAGAAAUUCAAUUAUUUAAAGAUGAAAUUACAGAAAAAAACAAAACACACAAAUAA